AGGCCUUAUUUCUUAGAUUACAAACCUGUUCAUUUAACGGAUUUUUUUUUCGCCUGUCCAUCAAGCCCUUGGUGGCUCUGGUUGCUUGGUACAUAUUUAUUUCCGUGAAUAGGUAUUCCUCCUCAACGGCCUCACUCGAAAAUAUCAUACACAUGCUCACUCUGCCACAGACCAUAACCGGCAUUCACUUUUCUUCCGUCGCUUGUCCUCUCAGUCCAUAACGCACAAGCAUUCUAUCGCGCCAAAAUAACUCCGCUUAAACUUCUAAGCUUAAAUACAAUAACAGAAACCCUAGAUCCACUCCAAAAUCAACGAGAUCACGAACCCAGCCAAGUAUCAAGGCUCUGAGAUGGCAUAGAGAUACUCUUACAAGGUUGGAGCAGAAGCAGUGGUGGAUGGGAGGACACCCAGGUCUGGAAGAGACGUCUUUGAGUCUGAGAGAGUAACGCUGCUACAAGAGGGCAUUUUGGCACUAAAGAUUUGAGGCCAGAAUCCGUGCUUCUUAAAUAAAAAAUCGGAGGAGCUAGGUUGAGGUUGCAGGUGGUUCAUCGUUGUGUUUAGAGAGAGAAGAAGAGGUAAAUAAUUUCGAUAGAGGAAGUUGGAAGGUACAAUGGCACGGCGAGAGCUUUCUAGCACGUUGAAGAACUUGAAGUUUAUGCAAAGGGCAGCUCUGAGAGAGGAGAAGACCAAGAAAGAAGAAGAGGUCACACCUAAUGUCAGCGUUGGCACAUCCACGACAGUUAUUAAAAGAUGUGUGGUCAUAACAGAAGGUGAUCCCCAUCCUGGUGCACUUAAAGGUCGAAUGUCAUUUCAAAGUUUUAAUCCUUUUGUUGAUAAAUUGAAUGAGGAAGAAGCAAGACUACGCCAGCCAGCAUCUGAAAGUACCAUGUCUAGAAAUCAAAAUGCAAAUGUCUCUUUCAGUGAAAAUAGUUCUUCAGUAGAAAAUCUGGAGUGUGCCAACACGGACGAAAAGAAAUUUGAGGUUAACGGCAAUGUUAAAAGGAAACAGUCAGAAGUAAUUGGUGAAACACAAUAUCCUAACAAAUCACCCAAGAGUGAUCAUGAUGACAAACAAUCAUUGCCUAGCAAUAGUUUGGGUUCUUUUAAAAAACCAAGUGGAGAUAAGCUACACUGGAACGUUCUUAUUAGACCAUCUAGUGUUAAACAAAAUAGAUGACUAUUGAUUAUUUGAUACCAUACAAAUUAUGCUAGGUUUGGUUGUUUCAGGCCUUGGGCAUUUAUAUCUGCAUUUGUGGUUCUAUUAGGCUAUUUUUCAUUGGUUUGAAACUUCACAAUUUGUUGUUAAGAUUCAGGAUUAAGCCUGAUUUAGAUUAAUACUUCUAGAUGAUAGGGCCAAAUCAAAAGCCUUGUGUGUGUUUUUGGUAUCAUUAUGUAUUGUAUUUUAUGAAGCUGUUGGUUUUCUUGAAAUUUUCCUUUUAGCUAUUAAAAAUAUUUGGGUAUUUAAUAUGUAACGUGGUAACAGGUGAAAUAUACUUUAUUUCUGCAAACAUCAUAUUUCGAAACGUGGCAAGUUUCAUUGAAGGCCUUUUGAAAUGAUUCAAGUCAUUACUGGCUAGUUAAAUGGGAAAGUUGUGAUUCUUUACAACAAAUAUACUGAAAAAAGGUCAAUACAAUUUAUAGUGCGGAAUUGAGGUUCCGAUUGUAAGGGCUGACUUCUUACAGAAGACAGUUAAAACGUGGCAUAUUAAUGAAGAUAGAAGAUAUUUUUAUCUCAUACGUAAUUAGCUUUUUCCUUUUUUGAUUUAGUCCUAUGAUUUAUAGUAGAUUUGGUUUCCGUUGUGAUGCCCUUUUUCUUAUUGUACUUCUGUCUUUUCUGAGGAUCGGUAGGAAAUUUGUGCACCAUCUAAAAAAGGGAACGUGUCGUGUCAUACAGGCUAGGAAGUGAGUUGAACAUCAGUAUCUGAAAUGCAAACACAAAUGGUGAAAGAGAAAUAGAAAAGCAGUUUAUUGCACUUCUUUUCCGCAGACCUAAGAGUAGGUUACUAGUUACAAACACCUUCUGGACAAUGCUUAAGCAGGAACCCAAGCAUAAAAAACAUUGAGAAUAAGCCCUUUCCACCCCUGAAAAUCCCACUUGCCAUCCUCAGCCACUACAAAAUUUUUAUGAUAUUCCCUCUUCAUCAAUUCAGGAUCCAACCUGACUUGCUUGACCCUAGCUCUCAGGUUCCUAACCCUCCACUGCUUAUAGGGCCUUUCCACCCUCUCUGCUUCACACGCUAGAACAUUGAUGGCAUUCCGUCCAAACAACCCUUUCUCAAGCAUCUCCCUUUGUGGUUCUUCUCGUUGCACAUUAGCAUCAAACAUAUCAAACAGUGAUGAGAAGUGGUAGAAUGCCAUUGAAUAUACCACGGAUGAAGAUGUUUGGAUUAAUCUUCCUGAUAAACUUCAACACAGCAUAUCUUGUUGUAUUUAGAUGGGACCUUGAACUUCUUGCAGUAGUUCUCCAAAUGCCACCUGGUUUCCUCAACGGCUCAACCCUUUCCGCAGGCCGAAAUCCUGACUGCGGAAGAUCAAUUCCGAUUAUUUGAAGCCUUGGAGGACCACCUUGUCUUUCUAACAGUUUCCUGAUAAGGCAGGGCAACUGGAAACCAUAGCAAAUGCCAAAGUCAACAAGAUGAACACUGCUCUCAUUCCUCACAAGACUAAUGAUUGUCUUGGUUGUAAAUAAAUUUGACAUCCUCUGCAAAGGAGAGGGUGUAACAAAUAGUUUGUAAGCUUUCAGCAUAUCAGCAGCAGUUGCCACUUCAAAAGGCAUAUAUAAUUGUGUCCCAGCAGCCAAUCUUGUCUCAAGGCCAAUGGCAAAGUAAUGAGCUAAACGAUGAAGUCCAUCUCCAAAACGUGAAGAGUGUUGCCUAAUCUGCUUGAGUAAGUCAUUUGCAUUCCUUUGGUUAUAGCCUGCCACAGCCUGUGCACAUUGAGUUAGAAGUGUCCAUAAAUCUACAGCUGUUCCACCUGUGUUGGUGGAGUCUUUCUUUAAACGUGAACGUAUUGAUUUUCCAUUGCAUCCUCCCUCCUGAAUCAACAGCUUGUGAUGGGUCGGGAGCACAAAGGGGAGUUUGACUUCUUCCAGUUUGACAUAGCAGCACCUCAUAUAAGGUCUCUAAUUGUUCUGAAUCUUCAGAAAAAGCAGCUAAACGUUGCUGCCUCUACCCUCUUGUUCAUCAAAAGUGUCAUCCACUUAUUAGCUUCUUUUUUCUCUGGGUGCUGAAGAUGAAGAACCCACCACAAGUGGCUUUAUCUGAGACUGCAUGAUAUUCCAGGUUUCAUUCUGAAAAAGGCAGAUUUAGAACUCAGUAAAUGGAUCAGGAACUACAUGGUAAGUGUUUUCUGGGGAAUCAACUAAAGGGGUUUGAACUUGUAGGAGAGAGGAGUCAGAUUCACCCAGAGAGUUGAUCAAGUCAGACUCAUAACAGUUAUCAGUAGUGCAGCUCUAUUGCUCUCAAAACUGGGAGUGCAACCAAAAUUUUCAUCAGGGUCUGUGAUUCCUAUGCUUUCAUCGCGGAAAUAAGAAGGGUUUUGAUGAAGUGAUAAAGGGUAGCUAUGGCCAAGGACAUCAUAGAGGGAUUUUUCUUCAGUUUGGAGUCUCAAAACUUCCCUGCAACAUGCAGGGUUUGCGCUCCAAGUCAUAUUUGACAGAAAGAAAUAACUGUUUUUUGUACCAGCUGAAGAACCUGCCUGAUGAAACUGUGACAGUUAACUUUCCAAGAGACAUAUAUAUAGCAUCAAAUCAAACAUGAUAUUUUAUUUAUAUAAUAUGAACUUUCCUGGAAGUUGCAUUACCUGUUAUAUAUUUUUGGUUACUUAACUAUUAUUUAUAGAAUACUUCUUCACAUGUAGAAAUCUACAAUAUACAGAUUCACUGCCACGUUGUCAUCAUUUUUGCUUUGUCCUUCAUUACAACAAUGAGCACCUACCAAUGCAGCUGGAGAGGCUAAUGCUGUAUCUCUAUCUUGGUUUGACUCUUUUGGAAAAUUUAGCAAUAACGGCAACUAGAAUUACUACAACCCCUACAACUGAUAUUGCCGCAUGCGCCUCUGCUCUUUGCAAUCUCAAACAAUCACCUACUCGAUGUAAUAGUCAUUUAGAUGAAACUAAGACUAAAACAUAUCAUCCAACUGCAAUCUUUUGCAGCUGCUGCUAUCGCGUACUCCUCUGCAACUCUCAGGCUUUCCUCCAGAGAAGCACCUAAUAUUGGCAUCAACCUGCAUUACUAUUUGCUUUUCCUUUCCAAUUCUAAAUUAAACCCUCUAAUUUGUUGUGUCUUUGUAGAAAUUCUGGGGACAUCUUAACUGAUGAUCAACUAGUGCAAAGUUAGAUGUGACUUAGCGUGUUUGUUAGAACAUCAUUCUUUGAAACAAGUAUACUAACUUGAAAAUUCAUUUGAUAAUGUAAUGUGAUAAUAUUUUGCU